AUGUUUCAAUUAAGCUGACCGUGUGGAGAGAAAAAUUGAGAAACCGAGAGAGAACUGUCAAUCAUAUCGUGUAGAAAAACCAAAACAAAAGUCCCACCCCAUCGCCCAUCCCAUGUGAAGAAAGUUAGUGCAGUAUACGUGCCAGGAAGAUAUUGUCGAAAAACAGUGCCAUGGCCAUUCCUCGAAUAAUGGUGUUCCGGCCGUCAUGGGAAGAGUUCCAAGACUUUUCCGGCUACAUCGAUUAUAUGGAGUCAAAGGGAGCCCACAAGGCUGGCCUCGUCAAGGUAAUCCCUCCUCCUGAAUGGGUGCCCCGCAAACAGGGCUAUGAUUUAAAAAACAUCGAUGUCACCAUUCGAACUCCGAUAUCGCAAAUGGUUUCUGGCAUGCAAGGGCUGUAUCAGCAGUUCAACAUCCAGAGACGAUCGAUGACCGUGCAGGAGUUCUACGAUAAAACCCGACAGGAACGGCAUGCGACUCCAAAGCAUUUUGACUACGAAGACUUGGAGAAGAAGUUUUGGAAAAAUGUAACCUAUGUAUCACCCAUUUACGGUGCGGAUGUACCCGGAAGCAUAACCGACUCUGACGUCAAAGUGUGGAACAUCAACAGUUUAGGGACGAUCUUGGAUUAUGUUAACUCCGACUACAACAUAUCAAUCGCAGGAGUCAACACUGCAUAUCUGUAUUUCGGAAUGUGGAAGACUACUUUCGCAUGGCACACGGAGGAUAUGGAUUUAUAUUCGAUCAAUUUUCUACACUUUGGCGCACCGAAGACGUGGUAUGCAAUUCCACCGGAACACGGGAAAAAGUUGGAACGGUUAGCGGAGCGAUUCUUCCCAGGAAAUUAUCAAGAAUGCAAAGCUUUUCUUCGCCAUAAAAUGACGCUUAUCAGUACCCAGGUACUAAAGCAGAACGGAAUUCCAUUCAACAAAAUAACGCAAGAACCCGGUGAAAUUAUGAUCACUUUUCCUUACGGCUAUCACGCUGGAUUCAAUCACGGCUUUAAUUGUGCCGAAUCUACCAAUUUUGCAACAGAACGAUGGAUAGAGUACGGGAAGAGAGCUUCUGUUUGCAACUGCCGACCGGAUAUGGUGAAAAUUUCAAUGGAUACCUUCGUACGAAGAUUUCAACCUGAUCAAUACGAAAAGUGGCUGCGUGGGGAAGACUACGGCUACCACCCGGAGGAUCCAAACACCUACUGUGCUGCCCCUAAGCCGAGAGUGCUACCCAAAAAAAUGCAAGAGCAUCUUCAAAUGCAUGUUCAAAAGCGAGGUUGUGCUCCUAUCAAAGUUGAUAAAAAAAAACCUAGCAAAAAGUUAGAAAAGCCGAAGAAAAAGCUACAAUCCCUUUGGAGCAAACUGGAAGGCAAGGAAAGCGGAAUGGCAACUAAUUUGCUACUGGAUGGCCCAGUGAAAAACACAAAUAGAAUUCGUUUUCAAACCAAAACUAUAAACCUGUUGGAAGAUUGAUGUUCACAGGGGCUGCCAACGUUUCCGUCAUAGGGGCGUUGUCGUUAUAUUGAUCGUGUGUCCCAAAUGGGAAUCCAAAAUAGAAGUGUGCAAUCCGUUUUAGUUCAAUUAGGUAGAAUAGAAUUACGGUUUUCCUCGUUAGGAAAUUGUGCGAUCACUUGCCAUAAGCUCAAUAUGGUGGAUCUCAAUUUAUUUUAUAUGAAUUUUAGAGUGAAAUCUAUGGUUAAAAUAACAUGAUAUUGUAAACUUUUGAGUGUCUUUACAAUUUGAAGUAAUGAUGAGAUAAUAUAAUUAUAAUAGAUUCCGUAAUUAUACAUACCUAUGUAAGAGAACAUAAAUGGUCCGAACAUCCUUAUUAAGACUACAAUUUAUUUGAGUAAUAAAAAGCUGUAAUUUGAUAAAA